AUGUUGACAUUGGAGAGGAGAAAUGAAACCAUCAUUACAGAAUUUGUACUUCGUGGCUUUGGAGAGCUCCAGGGGUUACAUAUUCUUCUCUUCAUGCUGUUUCUAAUCAUCUACAUCAUGACUAUGGCUGGGAACCUGAUCAUUGUCACAUUGGUUGUCACUGAUCAGCACCUCCACACCCCCAUGUAUUUCUUUCUGGGCAACUUGUCUUGCCUGGAGACCUGCUAUAGUUCAACCAUCCUCCCCAGAAUGCUGGCCAGUUUAUUAAGCAAAAACUCAGGUGUAUCCGUUAAUGGCUGCAUUGUGCAAUUAUGGGCAUUUGUGUUCUUAGCAGUAACUGAGUGCUAUCUCCUGGCAGCAAUGUCUUAUGACCGUUACAUAGCAAUAUGCCGCCCCUUGCAUUAUUCUGUCCUUAUGAAUUUCAAGGUUUGCCUGCAGCUGGUAGCUGGGUCUUGGAUUGGCAGUUUUGUCAUAGACACAAUAUUGUUAGGUUUUAUACUACAGGUAACCUUAUGUGGUCACAAUGUGAUUGAGCAUUUCUUUUGUGAUUUCAUUCCGAUGAUGAACCUGGCCUGCAGUGAUGCAAGUCAGGUGAAACUGGUAUCGGCUGUUCUGACUUCUAUCUCUACCCUGCCACCAUUCGUUCUGACUAUAGCAUCAUACGUAUGCAUCAUCACUGCCAUUCUUGGCAUCCCAUCCACCACAGGAAGGCAAAAGGCUUUCUCCACUUGCUCUUCCCAUCUCAUUGUGGUGACCAUUUUCUAUGGCUCUCUCACCAUUGUGUAUCUUUUACAAGACAACAAUCAACUGAGAACACUCAAUAAGGUAUUCUCUAUCUUUUAUACCAUCUUGACACCUCUGCUUAAUCCCCUUAUAUACAGCCUGAGGAAUAAAGAGGUGAAGGAGGCCUUAAGGAGAGCAGCCAACAAAUGUGCUAACUGUAUAAGAGUUCAUUGA